GGGGGGCUCCUGGGGGUGUGCGCCCCCAGCCGGCUGCCCUCGCGGAUGCCUCCCGGCGGCGGCGGGCCCAUGAAAGACUGCGAGUACAGUCAGAUCAGCACCCACAGCUCCUCCCCCAUGGAGUCGCCCCACAAGAAGAAGAAAAUCGCGGCCCGGAGGAAAUGGGAGGUGUUCCCGGGAAGAAACAAGUUUUUCUGCAACGGGAGGAUCAUGAUGGCCCGGCAGACGGGCGUCUUCUACCUGACGCUCAUCCUCAUUCUGGUCACCAGCGGGCUGUUCUUCGCCUUCGACUGCCCAUACCUAGCGAUGAACAUCACUCCCGCCAUCCCCGUGGUCGGUGGCAUCCUUUUCUUCUUUGUGAUGGGGACCCUGCUUCGUACCAGCUUCAGCGACCCUGGAGUCCUCCCAAGAGCCACCCCUGAUGAAGCCGCUGACCUGGAGAGACAGAUAGAUAUCGCCAACGGCGCCAGUUCAGGGGGGUACCGCCCGCCUCCCAGAACCAAGGAGGUCACCAUCAAUGGCCAGACCGUGAAACUUAAGUACUGUUUCACCUGCAAGAUUUUCAGGCCCCCGCGCGCCUCCCACUGCAGCCUGUGUGAUAACUGCGUAGAACGGUUUGAUCACCACUGUCCCUGGGUAGGCAACUGUGUGGGGAAAAGAAACUACAGAUUUUUUUAUAUGUUUAUCUUAUCCCUGUCUUUUCUGACAGUCUUUAUAUUUGCGUUCGUUAUCACGCACGUCACUCUUCGUUCACAGCAGACGGGAUUCCUCAACGCCCUUAAGGACAGUCCUGCGAGUGUGCUGGAGGCCGUGGUGUGCUUCUUCUCCGUCUGGUCCAUCGUUGGCCUCUCAGGGUUCCACACGUACUUGAUCAGCUCCAACCAGACAACGAAUGAGGAUAUCAAAGGAUCUUGGUCAAACAAAAGAGGGAAAGAAAAUUACAAUCCCUACAGCUACGGAAAUAUCUUUACAAACUGCUGUGUUGCCCUGUGUGGACCCAUCUCUCCAAGCCUGAUCGACAGAAGAGGGUACAUCCAGCCUGACACGCCACAGCCAGCGGCGCCCUCCAGCGGGAUCACCAUGUACGGGGCUACGCAGUCACAGAGUGACAUGUGCGACCAAGACCAGUGCAUUCAGAGCACCAAAUUCGUUUUGCAGGCCGCAGCCACGCCCCUGCUGCAAAGCGAACCCAGCCUCACCAGCGACGAGCUACACAUGCCGGGCAAGCCCGGCCUGGGCACACCGUGCACCAGCCUGACGCUGGGCCAGCCCACACCACCUUCCUCCAUGCCCAACCUCACCGCCGAGGCCACGCUCUCGGACAUGAUGCCCCUGAAAGACGAGCACGGGUGUCACCAGUUCCUGACCCCGGACGAGGCGCCCUCGCCUCCGCGGAUGCUGGGGGCGGGCAGCCCGCUCACCCACAGUCGCACCAUGCACGUGCUGAACCUCACCAGCCAGGACUCGCUGCACGAAGACUCCGUGCGGGGCCUGGUGAAGCUCAGCUCCGUGUGACCCGCGUGGCCGGCCCCGGGACCGUGGGAGCGAGUGGGAGAGUGCUUACAAAAACCACUCAGAAAGCAAGCGGAGCCCCCCACCACCCCCCACCCCGCCGGCCACCCCCCACCCCCUAAUUCGCAUAGCAGAGGGCGGGCAGGCUCUGGAUGCUCAAAUAAGGUUUUGAGUUGUCUUCUCCACCCUAAGCGCAAUGAAGAAGAAAGAAAAAAAACCACAGUACGCAUGGCGAGGAAGCUGCUGUUUUGUUCUGAAUCCACAGGGUGGGCCUUGGCACAGCGGACCCUCAAAGGAUGCAGCCUGGCAUGGAAAAGCGGCUAUGCGGAUGCUGCGCCCUCUGUCGGCUGCUCUUGGAAUAGUUUCUGACACUUGGGUGGGGGGCGGGGCGGAGUGAAAUUGCACUUAAUGUUAAUGCUACUAAUAUUUGAACUAGACAUGCCAUUCCAUUUGUUAAAGAAACAAACAAACAAAUCCUAAAGGGGAAAAUCCGACCAGAUGUGGGUUUGCAUGCCACGCUGCAGUCUGUGUUACAGUGGUGUUGGUAUUCCGAGGAAAUGCUGCUCUCUUUUCUGUUUUCCUUUCCUUCGAUAAUUUUGUGAAACUCUCCAGUGCUGUUUCGUCGGAAGACAGCGCAAAGACCGCGCCUUGAGACCAAUGCCAUCCCGUGUGGCUUGCCUGCCUUCGCUACACGGAUGGGGCUGGUGGCCCUUGCUGCGGAGGCCGGCUGAGGUCCGCCCUGGCUGGGACAGACGUCUGAGGCGCCAGUGGUCACCUGGUGCAUAGUGCCACCGGGCCACAGUCCUCGCCUUCUCUCCGCUGACCUGCCCGCGGACAGCUAAUAAAAUGUCAUCCUGUUAUUUCA